GCUGCCUGACCUAGUGCAGCAGCAGCAGUAGUGGUCGUGGUCGCCGUAGUGUACAACCGUGUCUCUGUGCGGACACACGCACACGAACUUGUCUCCGACCUCACAAACAACAUGUCCUCCAAGGAGCAUGACGACCGAAAGAUCUGGAAGGAGGAGGAGUUCGCGGAGAUGGCGAUGGGGGGCUGUGGCCGCUGGCAGGUGACCAUCCUCCUGCUCCUGUCGGUCAUCAAGCUGCCAGUGGCCUGGACUCAACUGGGCAUCGCGUUUCUGGCAGCCCCCGUCACCUUCCACUGUUCCGGCAGCAACCUGACCUGCACGACGGAGGCCGGAGAUCCCUGCAACUCCUGGAGGUACGACCGUAGUGUCUUCCCAGAGACCAUCAUCUCAGAGUGGGACCUGGUGUGCUCCAGGAGUCAGCUGGUGAACAUCACUCAGAUGGUGCUCAUGAUCGGUCUUCUGAUUGGCAACUUCGUCUUCAGCAUCGCAGCGGACAUGUUUGGACGCAAGCUGCCUCUGGUGGUGAGCGGAGUUCUCCAGAUGCUGACCGGAUGCUGCGCCAGCUUCGCUCCCUGGUUCAGCGCUUUCCUGGUUCUCCGUUUCCUCCAAGCCGUGGCGACUGGAGGUGCAAUGACGAUCGGCUUUGUCAUGUGUAUGGAAAUUCUAAGCGGCAAAUGGAGAACUACUGUGACGACUCUGUCUCACAUUCCCUUCAACAUCGGCCACGAGAUCAUGGUACCCAUCGCUUACUUCACCAGACACUGGCGACUGUUCCAGCUCGCUACCAGCCUGCCCUCAGCCCUCAUCAUCACCUAUCUCUGGUUGGUGCCGGAGAGUCCGCGCUGGCUUCUGGCAGUGGGUCGGCACAAGGAAGCUGUGGAGGUUCUCAGGCAGGCGGCAGCGAGCAACAACAUCCAGAUACCAGAAGAUGUUUGUUUUUUAAAAUCGGAGAAAGAGUUGAUGGACAUGGGAGAGAAGAAGCCCACCAUCCUAGACUUGCUGCGGACUCCCAACAUGCGGAAGAAGACACUCGCCAUGUGCUUCAACUGGAUGGCUCGUGGCCUAUGUUUCCUUGACUCUGUUGACAUUCAGUUGUGUUUUGUCAGAUGGACAUGGGAGAAGAAGCCCACCAUCCUAGACUUGCUGCGGACUCCCAACAUGCGGAAGAAGACACUCGCCAUGUGCUUCAACUGGAUGGCUUGUGGCCUAUGUUUCCUCGGCCUAGCCCAUUAUGUCAGUACUGUCAAUGGCAACAUAUUCAUCAACGUGGCCAUUGGAGGAAUGUUCGUGAUUCCUGGGAUGAUAAUCACUCUCUUCACACUGGACAGAGUUGGUCGUCGAGCCACCCUGGUAGGCGGAAAUCUGCUAGCCUCUGUUUCUUGCUUUCUCAUCAUAGUUUUCCAUGAAGCUCCAGGAAAGUCCGACUUACCUCGAGUUGUACUGGUCAGUCUGGGGAUUCUGGGAAUGGGGAUAUCGUUCCCCACAGCGUACCUCUACUCCGGGGAACUGUUCCCCACCGUGGUCCGCAACUCCGGGAUCGGCUCUUGUUCCAUGUGCGCGAGGAUCGGGUCCAUGGUCGCUCCCUUCGCUGCAUCAUUGGGAACUUACAACUCUGCCCUAUCGCCCUUGACGUUCGGCACGGUACCUCUGGUGGCCGCCAUCUUGACGGCUCUUCUGCUGCCGGAGACCAAGGGUUGCCAACUGCCCCAGACCCUCGAGGAAGGAGAACUUUUUGGCAGUAAAUCUACGGAUAACGUACAUAAAGAGAAUGUUGGCGGAUUCAGGAACGACGCCUUUCAAAGUGACAUCCAGACCUGAACAAAAUAA